AUGGGUGGAGAAAGUCACCCUCGGAUCGCUUCCAGCUCUUAUCCGAAGCUGGUCGAGCGUCCUGUCGGCCAGCAUAUCAAGAAGAUUUACCUUGACAGGCUGCGCCAGUUUGUAGACGAUGGCCAAUAUAGGAUCAAUGGUCUGAAAGCGUUCGUUUCCCUCUGCGUCACAAUUCAUCCAUUCAUGACUGACCAAGACCACGUCAAAUUGUAUGUCUACUCCCCGCCAAACCUCUCGCGCCCCACCUUCGAAGACGCGACCUCCCACGAAUUCGAGCCGACGAGCGUCGGCGCCUCCUUUGGCCCAAGUUGGUCCACACACUGGUUCCGCAUUCACCUCACGGUGCCGCAAGACUUGUUGAAAGCAGAAGGCCUCGAGUUCCACUGGGAUGCGGGUAACGAGGGCUUGGUCUGGACCGAAGAUGGUCACCCAUUGCAAGGUCUCACUGGAGGUGGAGAGCGCACUGAGUGGAUUAUCCCAGCUGCCUUCCGUGAUGGCAAAGAACACGUUUUCUAUAUUGAAAUGGCGUGCAACUUAAUGUUUGGAAAUUCCAACGACUCCCACGAAGUUUACAACACGGGCACCGAAGCCAUUGUGUACGCCAUCGGUCAUUGUCAUAUCGACACUUGUUGGUUGUGGCCAUUUGCAGAGACCAAGCGCAAAGUUGCCCGGUCUUGGUCUAACCAGUGUGAUCUGAUGGACCGGUAUCCCGAGCAUCGAUUCACAUGCUCGCAGGCCCAGCAGUUCAAAUGGCUUCAACAGUACUAUCCAUCUGUUUUCGACCGUGUCAAGGCCAACGUCAAGAAAGGAUCCUUCCAUCCCAUUGGUGGAAGCUGGGUUGAACAUGACACCAAUUUACCAAGUGGUGAAUCUCUCGUGAGGCAGUUCUUGUACGGGCAGCGCUUCUUUGAGAGCCGCUUUGGUGAAAGAUCUCGUACUUUCUGGCUGCCAGAUACAUUCGGCUAUUCAUCUCAACUGCCCCAACUUUGCCGACUGGCAGGCAUGGAACGAUUUUUCACCCAGAAACUAAGCUGGAACAACAUAAACAACUUUCCCCAUACUACCUUCAACUGGGUUUCACUUGACGGCAGCCAAGUGCUCUGUCAUAUGACCCCAGCGGAGACGUAUACUGCUGAUGCUCAUUUUGGAGAUGUCAGGCGCAGUGUUACGCAACACAAGUCUAUGGACCAAGACAAGACUUCACUUUUGGUCUUCGGCAAGGGUGACGGAGGUGGCGGUCCUACCUUUGAGCAUUUGGAGAAACUGCGUCGAUGCCGCGGUUUGUCUGACAAGGUUGGCCUACUUCCUCGCGUCAAGAUGAAUACAUCUGUCGAUGAGUUUUUCGAUCAACUUCAAGCCAAAGCUGCCAAGGACACUGACUUUGUUACUUGGUACGGCGAACUUUAUUUUGAGUUGCAUCGGGGUACCUACACCACCCAGGCGAACAACAAGCGGAACAACCGAAAGGCAGAGUUCUUGCUCCGCGAGAUUGAAUACCUAGCAACCCUAGCAACUAUCAGUGGGAAGAACGACAAAUACAAGUAUCCCAAGAAAGACCUCGAUGACAUAUGGGAGUCGGUCCUUCUGUGCCAGUUCCACGACUGUCUACCUGGUAGCUCAAUUGAAAUGUGCUACGAUGACACUGAUGAGAUCUAUGCCGAGGUCUUUGCCACUGGCUAUAAGCUCAAGAAGGAAGUUUUGGAGGCUCUUGGAUUUGGUGGCAACCAUUCCAACAACAACCUCGUCGCCAUCAACACGAUGCCGUGGGCUCGUUCGGAAAUUGUCAGGGUCUCUGAUGUAUUGCCAAGUUCAAAUGGUCCUAGUUACGCCCUUGUUAGCGGCAACACUGGCGUCAUUAAUGCGCAACUUCUCAGUACUACACAGAAGCCAUCGGUAUCUGUCCAGCAAAUUAGGAAAGGGGUAUUCCGCCUGUCCAACAGCAAGCUCCGCCUCGAUGUUCAAAAUGGUGUGAUAGUUUCGUUGUACGAUCUCGAAGCCGACCGCGAAGUUAUUGCUCGAGAUGGUAAGGCUGGCCAGUUUGUUGUCUUCGAUGAUAAGCCUCUAUACUGGCAGGCCUGGGACGUCGAGGUUUUCCACCUCGACUCGCGUAAAGAACUUACGUCUAGCCAGACAACAAUUGCCGAAGACUCACAGUACCGUGUCAGUGUUGUCACCAGCACUCAAAUCAGCGACAAGAGUUGGGUCAAGACAACUAUCAGUCUGGCGGCUAGCGUGCAUGACGAGCCCUCAUACGUGGAAUUUGAUAGUGAGGUUGAAUGGCAAGAAGACAAGAAAUUCCUUAAGGUCGAAUUCCCCGUUGAUGUGCGUAACACCGAGGCCUCUUACGAAACUCAAUACGGGAUCGUCCGUCGUCCCACUCACUACAACACAAGCUGGGACAUGGCCAAAUUCGAAGUUUGCUGCCACAAGUUUGCUGAUUUGUCCGAGCACGGAUACGGAGUGUCGAUUCUCAACGACUCCAAAUACGGAUUCGCUACUGUCGGCAACCUCAUGCGUCUGUCUCUUCUCCGAGCGCCCAAGGCUCCAGAUGGCCACGCCGACAUGGGCCGUCACCGCAUCCGCUACGCCAUUCUUCCACACUCUGGCCCACUUGACCACCGCACUGUACGCGCUGGAUACAACUUCAACAGCCCGUUGACGGUGACCUCUGUCUCAAAAGAUCAAACUACCACUAGCAGCAGCAGCAUAUUUAGCUCGGUGCGUGUGAGUGGCUCCAAGUCACUUGUUUUGGACACCAUCAAGCGCGGAGAAGACGACGAAGAUGUCUCCCGCGGCGACUUUGCCAAACGCAGCGGCCAAAGCGUCAUUCUACGUGUAUACGAGUCCCUUGGUGGGAAAAGCCGUGGCAAGAUCCACACGACACUGCCGGUCAAAAAGGUAUGGAAGACGAACAUUCUGGAAGAUGACGAGGCUGCCUUGCGGAUCGUGUCUAGCCAGGGUGGUGACGGCCUGAGCGUGGAUAUCGAAUUGAGGCCGUUCGAGGUGGCCACCUAUAGGCUUCAGCUGUAG